ACAAAAUUCUGCUAUCGGAAAACAUGGGCGUUGCAUUAAUAAAGAAAAUUCAUAACCAUUACUGUCACAUAGGUAGAGAACAAAUAAAAAGCAAAAUAAGCCCGUACUUCACGUUUAAAAAUAUGACAACACACAUAAAAGAGAGUUGUAAGAAAUGUACCAUAUGCAUAAAAAAUAAGACUAGAGGCCAGGAAAAGUUUGGAUUAAUGUCUCAUUUAGGACCAGCAGAAAAACCUUUUGAAAUAGUAUCCAUAGAUACAAUUGGUGGUUUCGGCGGUUCUAGAUCAACGAAGAGAUAUUUGCAUCUUCUAACAGACCAUUUCACGCGAUAUGCCUAUAUCUUAACAUCACAGACUCAAUCGGCAAGAGACUUCACAAAACUCGUAGAAAAUGUAAUAAAAUCGUACAAAAUUGAAAUAAUACUAGCCGAUCAAUACCCUGGAAUAAACUCUACAGAGUUUAAAGAGUUUCUACAGGAAAAAGGCAUAAAAAUAAUAUUCACUUCGGUUGAUACUCCCUUUUCAAACGGCCUAAAUGAGAGACUAAAUCAAACGAUGAUUAAUAGGAUAAGAUGUAAAUAUAAUGAAGGAGAAACAAAAACUGCGUGGACAACAAUAGCUCACGAAUGCACAAAGCGUUACAACGAAACGGUGCAUUCCGUGACAAAAUUCAGUCCAAAAUAUUUGUUAGAGGGUGACGAUGUAAAAAUUCUGCCAAAAGAGCUGGAUAAAGAACAUAAAGACCUAAAACAUGAUAGAGAAAUCGCGUUUACAAAUAGUCAAAGGUCCCACAAUUAUAAUAAGAAAUUGUUUGAUAAAUCAAGAGUCGAGUAUGAAUUUAAGAUCGGAGAAAAAGUAUUUGUUGAAAACGGUAACAAACUGAAUAGAAAGAAAUUAAGCGAAAUAAGAAGCGGUCCUUUUGAAAUACUUGAGAAAAUAUCAAAAUGUAUCUUUAAAAUAAGUGCAGGAUAUAAAAAAGCGGAAUCAAAUUUAUUCCAUGUAUCAAAACUACUACCAGCUCCUAAAGAUGAGAUUAGGUAAUUAUAGAACUUUUUUUUGUACGUCAAAAAAACUCAGUCAAGGGGGGAGAUGUAAUGAAAAGAAUAUUCUUUCCAUUCAUUGUACAUCUACUAACAGUAGAUGUCACUAGGUACAUUUAAUAUAAUCGAUAGAGGUCACCACAUGUAUUACAAGGUAUAAACAUGCGUAUACAAAGGAGCAGACGAUAGAAAGCACAUGCAAUUUCAGUAAAAUAGAGAAAUAAUUGACAUUAAAUGUCGUUUCUUUUAAUUUUAGAUGAAACUACAGUGUCAAUUUAUUAUCCAAAAUAAUAUUUCAUUAUAUACAUAUACACAUUAAACAGAAUGCAGAAACAACCUUGAGUUCCAACAAUUGAAAUGCAC